GUGUUUGUUUACUCUUUGAAUAGCGCAACACGUUGUAAACAAAGUCAUCUGUUAUCGUAGCCCUGUUGUUGUAGUGUACUGUUGCUGCGCAGCUUGCACGCGGCUAAUUAAGCAGUUAAAUUGCUUUUCAAACGCUUCUCAAGGUCGGAUCACGCGAUAAUGCAGCUGGCUUCAUAGAAUGCGAAUCCCUCGACUUUCGUUGAAGCAGCUGCAGAGAAAAUUUCAGAGGCAACCAGACCAACCGUCGAACAUGACGUCUGUGCAGCUCGCAGAUAUGAGGAAGCCGUACGUGUCUGGGACGCUUCUAGAAAAGGACUUGCCCACACGGGAUCCGAUCGAGCUGUUCGAGUCAUGGUUUAACGAAGUUAAAGAUGCCGGUUUCAUGUUCGAACCAAACGCAGUCACACUUGCCACUACUACAAAAUCAGGAUUCCCCUCAUCACGAAUGGUUCUCUUGAAAGGCUUCGGAAAAGAUGGCUUCGUAUUUUUUACAAACUAUGAAAGCCGCAAGGGAAGGGAGCUGGAAGAAAAUCCAAAUGCAUGUCUGCUGUUUUACUGGGACAGGCACUACCGGCAGGUUCGUGUAGAAGGCACGGUUGAGAAGGUGUCUGAAGAGGUGUCCGAGCGCUACUUCCACAGCAGACCGCGUUUGACGCAGCUGGCUGCUGUUGUGUCCACACAAAGUGCACCUUUGGAAUCCCGGGCUGCUCUUGAGGCUAAGUUUAAAGCCUUGGAGGAAGAAUACAAGGAUUCAAGCAAGGAAGUUCCAAAGCCGUCUUGGUGGGGAGGUUACUGCCUGGUCCCAUCGCGCAUGGAGUUCUGGCAGGGACACUCCUCACGUCUGCACGACCGCAUUGUGUUUCGAAAGGGCAGCCCAUCUGGGGUGGCACAACUGGCUGUGCCUGGAUGGGUUAUGGAGAGGCUGUACCCCUGAGUUUUUCCCAGUUACUGCUUUUAUUUUCCUGUGUCUCACUUAGCUCUUCGUUCAUCCCUUCUUUUAUUUUCCCUUACUCCAUUUAUGUUCUUUCAUAGCUGUGGUGCAAUCCAUAGUAAAAUUAACAAAAGUAAUACAGCUGUAAGCUUUCCCUGUUAGUUGGCUAAGCUGAUUUACAGCAACAGUUAACAGAACAAGUCACUAAAGCCAAAUAUUGGUGGCUGCAUGGCUGAAAAAGUGCAAUAUAUACAGCACGGAUGCUUCCAUACUAGAGCACUGCACGGGCCGAUUUUUUCAGCCUGGGCCCGGCCCGGGCCCGUUUUUACGUUGGGCGGCCCGCCCGAGCCCGAUCAAAACUUAUAUGGCGAGACCCGGGCCCGGCCCAGGCCCGUAAAUAAUCUACGUUACCCGCCCGGCCCGGCGCGCCACCCCUUUACCUUAGGCCCGAGCCCGACUUGAAACCGGCCCGAACCCGGCCCGAGACUGAAAAAUAAUAUUUUUCAGAGUUGAGACGCCCGAGAAUAACUCGCUGCACGUUAUAUGCACACCACCAGAAAGCCCGAGCCCGGCCCGGGCCCGCGUCAAAAAACCUGAGCCCGGCCCGGGCCCGGGUCAAAAAGCACACGCCGUGCCCGAGUCCGGCCCGAGCCCGUGAAAAAACUGUUCUACCCGGCCCGGCCCGUGGGCCCGAGCCCGUGCAGUGCUCUAUUCCAUACUACAUUUUGGCCCAGCCGCAUCGUUAUUAGCACAGUUCACUUACAAUAAUUCAAACCAUUCUUAAAAUUUAGUUGGCCCAUUGUGCUUUGAAAACAAUUUGAAGCUGGCUAAUUCAAACAGCCUUUUCAGUUAAUUCGGUCAGUUCAAAUUAAUGGCUUCGCAGAGCAGAGAAAUGUGGCCAAUACUCAGUCUUUCACCUUAGGUCAUGUUUGUGGCUAACUUUCAUAAACCUCAAAAACAGGAGUAUAAGUAUGAGUUGAGUUUAUUGGCCUUGUUAUUGCCAGUGGCAGGCUGUUAUAUGUCAUUCUUUCUUACCUGUGGUGCAUCAAUUGUCAGAAUGUCGGGUAAUUCCAGGCACAUUUGAACUGAAUCAAUCUGAUGUUUAAUGGUAUACAGCUGAACAAUCAGCAAGCUUGGCAGAUGUGUUUGUGUUUAUGAUAUUAGCAUAAAGGACAGUACAGCAUUCUCUCUUUCAUUGUUUCUUUCUGUGCAGUCUGUUGUGUUUGUCCUAAAUAUGAAGGUGUUCAUUUAGAAACAGCAGUAGGCAGUUGUGAAACAACAGCCUGCAUAUAGAUGCUGAAAUGUCCCAUCCUAGGGCUAUUGCAAUGCAGAUGGUAUGGCCAUCAGCCUUCUGUGCUGUGCAUAUGGUAGGGCUGUGAUUCCCAGUGGUAGCUGUGAAGACGCCAUAAUUGCUAGAUGACAACUCCUGUUUUGUUGGUGUUUAUCUGGCAGUGGUGUGGCUGUUAGAGUAUAACAAUAUGAUGUAUAAAAUUACGGUUUGUAUAGUUCGAGCCUUUGAACAAGAGGUACAUUUCUCACAAUAAACAGAAGCUUCCUUUUUAUUGCUUAGGCGGGAAGGCCAUUAAAACUGUAAGAAGUAGUGCAGUUUCACAUUACGCUUGUGAUAUUUUCUGAAUGACUUUGUACCAUGUGCACACUAUAUUUUUGCGACCAUGUUAACAUAUGCCUCAUGUUUCUUCUUUUUAAUCAAGUUCUUGUGAGCACUCCUUGCUCUCUUCGUAACACAUCUGUCUUCUAAGUGAAUUACUUUCAUAUUUAGGUUAAGAAAAUACAAAGUUAUAGGCUAUUUGUGGAGCCACCUUAAACAUGGAAGCUUUGUAACACACAGUCAGAUUGCAACAGUCAUCAACACAGGAUGAUACGGUUGAUUGCUAGCUCUUAUACCAUAUUACAUAUGUGUAUUUGCACUACAGCGAUCGAGUGACUAGUCACGCAUUGACACGUGAGUUAAAUGCGAAUGAUUUUGGCAGGAAUGAAAAUGAAAAAGAGCAUUUAAAAAAUAAUGUUUACAUAUCUUAGACAGUUGUUUUUAUUUUUGCUGCCAUUCCUAAGCAUUCCUUCGCAUUUAUUGAUUAUUAGCUGCUACUGUACCUACAUUCAACUUUUGCUAAUUUUACUUCUUGCUAAUUUGAUCAUGUCGAGACUUUCAGUGGAUAACCAUGCAUUUGCUUUGAUUUUGAGAUGUCAAAUGUUGGUUAAGUAAAACAAGAAAGGAUUCACAGCAAAUAGCACACAAAUUCAGCAGCAGAGCCAAAUGCAUAAGCCGAGUUACAUUUAAAAUGUACAAUAAAAUGGGGGAGGGGGGCGGGGUCACAAACCUAGGUAAAUUGUGUGGAAAUGUCUGCGCAAGCUAGCCACGCAUGCAGUACGGUUUGUUGAGAACCCAGUUCCUCAACAACUUGCAUGUGUAUGCUGUGUGCAGACUACAUUGUCCUGUUCCGUGUCCCUCGCUCUCUAUUUAUCGCCCGUGUCGUGUGUUGACAUAUUUUAAUACACUGUCUAUAAAACACCUGGCUUCUCACACAUUUUUUAUGCACAUAGUCAUCUUGACUGCCAUAGCUGAAAUAGAAAUACAUACUGUGUUGCCGUGCAGUGCAUUUAAAAAAAAUUCUGAGACAGGGCUAAAUCAAAAUGCACAGAAGAGCAACUCAGCUUUGCGAUGUCAUUUGUACUAUGUCCAUUUCAUAGCUUUGGUGCAGACUGUCAUAAGAGUACUUUGAGGCAAAAUUUGUGUGUGGAUUUCUGGUACUACCACUACAGUGCCUUUGAUUCAGCCCUUGGGUUAUUCGAACCAAUUCUGUGUGUGCUGAAGUGAAGUUGCAAAAGUUUGCUGUAUCUGUGAGGCAGAUUAUGUCUGUGGUUUGAUAACUGCAAUCAACCCAAACUUGCCAGUCAGUAAUUUUUAUGCACUGUAGGGAUAUCUUGCUUAAUGGUUAUUCUAAGAGACUCGUAGGAAAUGCAAGUAGACAAAUGAAACAACAAAAGGUAAAAACUAUCACAGCUUGUUUGUUGUCACCUCACACUUUAGUCCUUCCAUUUUUUUAGUACCAAUGGUAACCUUCAAGCAUAGUGCGUCUCUUUCUACAACAUGUGUGACAGCAGAGCAUAUGCAGCAGUCAUCAAAAUGACAGUUCAGCUUUGAUUCUUUGCUGCCAUGUUUCUUAUUGCAUGCACUUUAAACUGCCAUAUCUUUGUCAGCUCCUGUCAAGUUGUUGUUUCCAUGGGAAUGUGACAGCUUUGGUAAUAUCCUGGACUCUAUUGAAUUAAGCCAUGUUCUAGGACGCCUUCAUUUGAGAUGUUCAGAGGGGAUGUGACCAUCUUUUGAGGCAACCAGAGCAGGCAAGAUGACAAGUUUGACAGUAGCAAAAUGUCCAGAUGACAGCCCCCUGUAUGCACUGUAGGUGACUGACCUUUGUACUUGUCUGUGCCUCCUUCCUGCACGCAGGCCGCAUUACAAUACAUAACCGUGCUUCCAAUAACAGGGCUUCCAAGUUUUGCUAAAGCUAGUAACUAGAACUGCCACAAAUGCUUGUUUAUCUUUUUUUUUAAUGCAAGAAAGUGUACAGCAGCUUGUGCACAAUUUAUUCUGCUGUGUCUAGUGCAAAGAAUGGCUGAACCUGGUGAAAUAAUUAUAGGUUGUGGCACGUGACUUUGAGGUACACUGAGUAAUGCCAAGCCUGAUUGUUAUGAACUGAAGUAUUGAAUGAGUACUUAGAAAUGGCUGGGCCCACUGUCCUAGGCAGUCACAUAGUCCUCUGCUUACAAGCUGUGCUGACUUUGAGGCCAUCACAUUGAUUAGAUAAUAACUGCCUGGAAAUUUUGACAUCACGACCUUUAUCUUUGAGGCCACAUGAAGCUUUCUGAUUGAUGGAUGAGUCAACGUCUCAAAGCAUAUGCGAGAUGCCAUCUUGGAGGGUUUUGGAAUAAUACUGACCACCUGGAAUUAUUUAACAUGCUUGCAAAGCAAUAGAUAGCCUUCCAAAAAUGGUAAUAUAUCACGUGAGUGGCCACCGCACAGUAUGUCAGCGGCUUUGUAGUAGAAAGUAUUACUCAAGCAAACAGGGCAGCAGGCGGCACUCGAACUGGAAAUCGCCUUUGCACGCUCGCACAUACAGUCGCUGAUUUUGCCCUCUUCACCGCUACAAGGCCAGUGACACACCACGCAGUUACACUUCCGCAAUAUUAUUAGAUUUUUGGGUGGCUGUACAUAAGUGUUUUUGCAUUCCUCUCACAUCGAAAUGUGGCCACCUCAGUCGUAUCACGAAUCGGUGACCUUGAGCGCAGCAGCAGGACACCAUUUUGAGCUCACAUGCGAUGCACUUUCUAUUACUUCAGUUGCAUGAUGUCAAGGUGACAUUGCUAAACUUGGCUAGUCAGUAUCACUCAUGGAAGUAGGUCAUUCUUGCAUUGGAUUUGGUGCUGUGAGGCUUGGGUGAUCUUGCAGCAAUGGUAGCAGUGUGGACUUAUUUCUGAUUUAUCCAGUUCUGUGCCACUGUUUCCCUGUGCGAUUUCGUUGUGAACAUUUCAAGUAUACUGUGGAAGUGUCAUAUACAUUUUAUAUAGCUUUAGGACUUGCCUCUUUUUUUUUUUUU